GCACAGCUCUGGAAGGAGGCAGACACCCCCCUGAACCAAUGUUGUGUGCAGGUACUGUGGGAUCCCUCUGCAGAACAUCUCCAUACCAGGUAAAGGUGGAGCCAGAAGAGGGUUUGGCUGAGCGAUGGGAAGCCCUAUGGCAGGAGUUCCUCAGGACUGCAGAGCCCCCUCAAUCAAGCUGGGCAAUCCCACAACUGCCAGAGAUGCCUGCCCCAUGGGAUGACGCCAAGGCCUUCCUGGCCUCCUUCGAGCAAGUGGCUGAAGCUUGUCAGUGGCCCAGAGAUGAGUGGGUGACCCAACUCCUGCCAGCACUCAGUGGAGAAGUCGAGCAGGCCUUCUUCAGCCUGGAGGUCCGAGACAGAGAGGACUAUGGGAAGGUGAAGGCAGCCAUCUUGCGAGGGGACGCCAUCUGCAGAGAGAAGCUGCGUCAAUGCUUCUGGCGUCUCUGCUACCGGGAGGCCGCGGGGCCGCGGGGGAUGUACAGCCAGCUCCAGGAGCUUUGCCAUCGAUGGCUGAAGGUCGAACAGCACUCCAAGGAGCAGAUCCUAGAGCUCCUGAUCCUGGAGCGGUUCUUGACCAUCCUCCCUCUGGAGAUCCAGAGGUGGGUCAGAGAAUGUGACCCAGAGACCUGCUCCCAGGCUGUGGCCCUGGCCGAGGAGUUCCUGCUGAGAUGGCCUCAGGCUGAGAGACAGGAAAAGCAGGUGCCCUUGCAGGAAACAUCUGGGAGUGUCCCUGAGGCAGGCCAGGAUCUAUCUGAGAGCGAGCAGAGGCAGUUGUCAAUGGCUGUCAAGGAAGAAGAGGAGGGAGAUGCCUUCCCGUUGGAGUAUCCAACAACUGUGGUCUUCUAA